AGAAGCCAGCCACAGACGGUUGACCAAUCCCUUCUCUCCCGGCAAGGUGCCAAGCGCGUGCGAUUCCAUUCCGGACGGCGGAGGCCGGUGUGCGUUGAUUGCUGCGCCCCCAAAGGACAGGAGGUGAGGACCAGCGAGCCUGGUGGAGAGGGAGGAAAAUUCCAGUCCAACUCUAGCGCUUCCCUUUCUCCUCCUCUUCUACACGGCGGCGAGCCGGCGACGGGCCUGGUCAGGUCGAUCCGUCUUGCCGCCAUUGCGGUGAUUCGCAGCUUCUUCCUGCCGGGCGCCUGGCGUAUCCUAUUCCUGGUACGGAGCCUUUCUUGAUCUUUUCUUUUUUUGCUUUUUGUUUCCGUUCGCGUUCUUGCCGUCUGCAUGGAUUGCUGGAAGGUUCGGUGGAUUCGUUGCCGGCUUGUGUUCUGAUAACCCAUCAUCCACAGCUAAAGUCCCUGUUCUGCUACAAUCCUGCUUCUCUGUUCUUUCAUUCUUUGUUUAUAGAAAUUUAUGCCGCAAGUUGUAUGGACAGGAUCAUGUUUGAGGGGAAAGCUAUGCUGGUUGAGAAUUAGGAGAUCUUGAUACCUGUUCGAUGGAUGUUCUUGUUUGAAUCUAGCAUGGUGAUUUGUUAGAUCUAAUAUUCUUCUUCAAUUCGAGUUCAUGGAUAUAGGCCAGGAGAACACAGCCUUUUCUCUUUACCUGGAGGUUAUACACUUAUAGGAACCGGGGAAAAAAAUCAAUGGCGUCAUCCCAGUUAAUCAUCAUAAUUAAAUUUGUCAUUUUCGCUGUGCAUGCACAUUACUAUCACUAUCAGCAGAAAAAUUUCAGAUGGGAGUCAAGGGGACAUAAAGUAUGUACAUCAUCAAGGUUGAGCAUAAUUGAGAGUGGAAGAAAUCAUGUUCAGGAGAAAGCAUGCCUCUCAUUUCAACUCCAGUGAUGCUGAGCAAAGACAAGCAAAGAUAGACGAAUUAAAAUCUGCACUUGGGCCUUUGUCUGCCCGCGGCGAGAAGUACUGCAGUGAAGCAUGUUUGACAAGAUAUCUAGAAGCCCGGAACUGGAAUGUUACCAAGUCGAAAAAAAUGCUGGAAGAAAGCCUCAAGUGGAGGGCAGCAUAUAGGCCCGAGGAUAUUCGCUGGCCUGAUGUUGAUGUUGAAGCGGAAACUGGCAAAAUGUACAGGGCAAGUUUUCGAGAUAGAGAGGGAAGAACCGUUGUAAUUAUGAGACCUACAAAGGAGAAUACAACGUCCCAUGACGGGCAAAUCCGGUUUCUUGUAUAUGUUUUGGAGAACGCAAUCCUGAGCCUUCCUGAAGGUCAAGAGAAAAUGGUAUGGCUGAUAGACUUCACAGGAUGGACAAUGGCCCAUGCCACGCCUAUAAAGACUGCCAGAGAAUCUACAAGCAUCCUGCAAAAUUAUUACCCUGAGAGGCUGGGCAUUGCAUUUCUGUUUAAUCCCCCAAAAGUAUUUGAAGCUUUUUACAAGGCUGUCAAAUAUUUCCUUGACCCGAGAUCAAUCGAGAAGCUGAACUUCGUGUACCUGAAGGAUGAGGAGAGCAUGAAGGUCCUGUACAAGUGCAUUGAUCCGGAGGUCCUUCCGGUAGACUUCGGAGGGAGGAACAAUGUGGCGUACAACCACGAGGAGUACACCAAGUUGAUGCUGAAAGAUGACAUCAAAACCUCAAGCUUCUGGUCAGAUGACGCAAAACCUGUCAACCGUGUCGCCAAUGGGAACUUGGUUGCCGAUGUCACACCUCAGUCAUCGCUAAUUGCUGCUAAAGCCAGUUGAGGGAUUAUCAGCCUGUUCUGACCGGAGAUAUUCGCAUAGCUUUAAUGGAGGAAAUAGAUAAGUUGAGGCGCUAAUACAAUGUUCAUAGUGAAGAGGAAUAAACGAAGUAACAAAAUAGAUAUUACUUGUUCAUAGUGCUCAAACAUUUUAUCUACUAUACACCGAGUUAUAAUUA